UUUGUGUUGUGCUGCCAAGUUGCCAAUGUUAAAUGCUAAUGUAGCAGAGAAAUCACAAGACCCAUUAUCGUAAUUAACUCACUAUUUAUGUUUCACCCAGUGACCUCAGUGAGUCAGCUAUAUGCUUAUCCUCAAUACGUUCACGAUACUUCUUCAAGUGGCGUUCAUUGUGUUUAUGUCACUACUUUCCAUGAACAUUAUUCGUCACUUCACUAGCGCGAAGAGAAUGGCUUUGAUCGCUCCAGCCUUGUUUGUGAACCAUGGAGGCGGUCCCAUGCCGCUUUUGGGGGACAAGGACCAUGCUGGACUCACGAACUUUCUCAGAGACGGUGUGAAGAAACAUGUCGACUUUAAAAAUGUUAAAGCGAUUAUUUUAGUGACCGCGCAUUGGGAGGAGAAUAAAGUGACGAUAUCUUCUGGUAAUCAUCACGAUUUGUACUUCGAUUAUUACGGUUUUCCGCCUGAAUCGUACAAGUAUAGGUAUGACGCGCCUGGCGAUCCGAAGUUAGCUGCGCGCAUUCACGAAACAUUGAAGAAAAGUGGUAUAGACUCACGUCUUGAUCCUUCGCGAGGCUGGGACCAUGGAGUCUUCGUCCCAAUGAUGUUAAUCAACCCUGAAGCUAACAUACCUAUAGUACAGGUAUCUGUGCUAAGCAAUCAAGACCCGGAGCAACAUUACAAGCUUGGACAAGCUUUGUAUCAAUUCCGGAAAGAAGGUGUUGCUAUAAUCGGCUCUGGAAUGUCAUACCAUAAUAUGAGGGAGUUUUUCAACAGUCGUAGAGCAGGACGUGUUAUAAAUAAGGAAUUUGAUGACUAUUUGAACGAUGUAUGUACAGGGGAGGAGGAAAAACGGAAAGAAGGAUUGAUAUCUUGGAGAGAGGCAACGGGGGCUAAUGAGGCUCAUCCCCCACGCGCAGCAGAGCAUUUUAUGCCUCUUGUAGUGAUAGCGGGAGCUGGGGGCUCCAAGCCUGGUGAGAGGAUUUUCAAUUGGGACAUGAGUGGUGUUUUCAGGUUAAGUGGUUUUAUAUGGAAGGAGGAGUGAGCAUGGUAUUCUGUUCCUGACAUGUUCAUGAUUACUACAGCAAUAAGUUAAAAGUAUGUUUAAUUGCAAGAUAAACUAACUGCCACACUGAAAGUACACAUUUACAUACUAAAUAUAUUAAGAACACUCACAUAGAUUAAGUCGAAAAAUGCUCGACAUGUUUCACUCCGCAUCGAGGAGUGUCAUCAGGACACAUUUACACAUUGUCAAAAAAACUAAAGUAUUAUUUUUAGAACCCAUGCUUAAGUGACCGUGAUCUUGCCAGGUGAUUUUAUAGGGAAUCAAACAUACUAUACUAGGUGAUUAAAAUUUAAAGCAAUAAUCUUUUAAAUAACCCUUAUCUGCCAGACGCCAUUUUACACAUACUUAUCUGGACAUCUGCCAUUCUCCCGCUGCUGCUAGGAAGGAAUAUCGGCUUGUCAGGGACACUUUUAGGUUAUCUCUCUUGACGGAAGGUUUAGUGCCAAGAAUAGGUUCUUCGCUGCUCUAACAUAUAACAAUGCGAGAUCGUUAGACAAGGAUAGGCUACUGUUGGCCAGUAUAGUCAAAACUUCAUUCCAUGUUUAAUUGGGCGAUGGUGCGUUGUUCCGCCCAAUCCGUGGUAGACGCGGCAAAAUGGCAUGACUUGGCCAUUUUAUUUAUCUUGCUGCGGGAAUUUGGCAGACGAAGGGAUAAUACAAACAGCAACACAUCUAACUGUACAUUGGUGGACAUUAUUACAAAAGGCAAGGUCCACUGAUGUACAAUAACAGUGUGCGGUACAAUAAAUUAAAAAGACUGCUAUGUGACUGAAGUUUUAAAGUAAAUAGCAAUACAUUUU